AUGAAUCUAAUAUUAAUUUGCAUCCUAUUCAUCAACAUUUCAACAAAAGAAUUCAGAAUCUAAAUUCAGAAGACAUAAACGUAAAGAAGAUCAAGAAAUCAUUUAACCUACUCUAAUGUUGAUAAGAAUAAAUUAAAAGCAACACCUGAUGAUUCCAAAUAAUAUUUAGAUGAUUAUACUUUAACAAUUCCAUUAACUUUGGGUUCAGAAUAAGUUUAAUAGUCAAUUGAUACUACAUCUUAUAUUACCUGGGUAUUUAGUAAAAACCCAGAUGAUAAAAAAUGCGAUAAAUGUCCAGUUGAUGCAAAAUUAAUUAAGUGUGAAACAAGCUGCUCCUAUCAAACAAGCAAGGACGAUGAUAAAAACAUUCCCUUAACAUCCGAAAAUUCAUAUGGAGGAAGAGUUAAAGUGAAUGGAUUAUAUGCAAUUUAAGAUUCACUUGAAUUAUUAGGGAUGACAGUUAAUAAAGUAGGUCUUGGACUCGUAGAUAAAUACAAUACAGAGUAUAGUACUACCUCUAACGAUGGGGCAUUGGGCUUGGCUUUUGGUUAAGACUACAUUGAUUACAAAAAGAAGAAAAAUGCCUAAGUUGGAGAGUUUCAGUUUGACUCUGCUUUAGAACCUCAGAAUAGUAUACUCUAACAAAUCCGUGCUUAAUUGCCCAAUGUUCCCCAAACUACUUUUGCUAUUAAAUUAGAAGACACAUUGCAGUUGCUUGUUUUAGGUGAAAAACAAGGAUAUUUUGCAUCAUCUAAAUUUGUUAAGUUUUCAAAUGUUGGUAAAAAGGUCUGGGCAUUAAAAGUAAAUAAGCUAUACUUUGGAGAUGAGUCAGUGUUCUUAAGUAAUAAAUAAAUUAAAUUGUUAGCUGGUGGAACUGCCAUAUUUGAUAGCACGACAAGAUUUAUAUGGGCAGAAAAGACAGUCAUAGAAAAGUUUGAGGAAGAAUUAAAAAAGUUUCAUCUUGAUUGUGCUGUGAGUGAAGAUUUAUUAAAAUGUUCUUGUAAUGAUGAACAAUAUGAAAAAUUCAAUGAUAUUAAUUUCACUUUUAAUAUUGACAAUAAUAAGUACGCUUUAUCGAAAUCAGAUUACAUCCAUAGAGAAGAUUAAAAAUGCUAUCUUUUAGUCAGAUCUUUAUAAGCAAGCAAUCCUUUAAUUUAAUAAUCAUCAGAUAAACCUGUUAUAAUCAUACCUUAUACAUUUUUCAAAAACAAUUAUGUUCUAUUUGAUCAAGAAGAAAAUUCAAUUAAUAUUUCUCCUGCAUACCAAGUGAAAGCUGAUUCCAUUCAUUUGAGUAACAACACUAUUAUUACAACUUCCAUAAUUGGAUUUGUAUUUUUAAUUCUAUCAUUAUUCGUAUUGACUAAUAUAAUGCAAUAUGCAUCUUAUGAAAAUACAACUUAAUAGCCAUAGCAACCAUAAGCCUAUUAAAAAUAAUAAAUAUAUUAAACACCUCAAAUGUAAUAGUAAUAAUUUAAAUAAUCGCCAUAUCAAUUCAGUCCAAAUUAAAUUAACUAAGGGAGAGUUAAUCCUGUGGCAAAUAUACCAGGGCAAUUUAGAUUUUGA